AUGAACUACCAUAGGAUUGUUGGGCGGAAACUACAGAGCUUGUUAUCUGCCCGAGAGCCUCCGAUCUCAAUACUACAAGCGCCCACUGCGCGGCCGUUUUCAUACCAACGAUGCCUUUAUGACCAGAAACCACAUCUGCAAGAUGGUGAGAAUAAGGAGCGUAAAAGCGAUGGCGACGGUGCUAUGUCGAGGAGGCUGGCCGAAAUGACCGAAGAGGCCAUGACACAGGGCGGCAGUUCCGCACGGAACAAUCUCCAGCAAGAGACCGGAUUUUCAGAAGAGCUGAAGCAAAGACUCCAGGAGAGAAUCGCCGAAACUACAUUCAAAAAUGAAAAUGCAGCUGCAAUUGCCUAUGCGAACCUUCCGCAAAGCGCCGGGAAAGCAACGCGGGAUAUAGCUGGUGCGAUGCCGUGGACAGGCAACGAGAGCAUCCACGAUGCUACACUUCGUAUGCUGAAUGACGCGAGUAAACCCAUGCGUGUCCCAUUUCGGCCGCCACAGCCAGGAGGGCCAGUACCCACGGCUCCUAAGCCGAAACGAAGCCUCUCAUCUGGUGAGAGGUUGGCAGCUGCCCGCGAGCGGACGACGGAAUACACGUUGAAGCAGGAUUCAAGUAUCUCCAAAAAGGAACGAGAAUUAUUCCGUAAGGAACUGCAAGACCGUUUCGGUCCCGGCAUACACUCUUUCCCGGUCUCCAUUCAGGGCCUCAGCUCUCUGGCGAACGAACGGAUAGAAGAUGCAAUGGCGCGUGGCCAGUUUAACAAUAUCCCUCGCGGCAAAGGAAAAAAUACCAAACGUGAUCCCACUGCUGAUAGUCCGUACAUUGAUACCACUGAAUUCGUGAUGAACCGAAUCCUACAGAAACAAGAGGCUACGCCUGAAUGGAUACAAAAACAGCAUUCGAUGCAGUCGGAAGUCAAGCAGUUUCGAAGCCAGCUAAGAGAAAACUGGAGGAAUCAUGCUGUGCUAAUGAUUCGGGCUCAGGGUGGAACGCUAGAGGAGCAAGUUAGACGGGCACGCGGCUAUGCUACUGCGGAGUCGAAGCAUAACAAGUUAUUGCAGUCUCGUGUACAGCUGGCUAGCUCCGAUGAUGAUACCAAUACAGCUUCACCUGCGACUGCUGAAAUUCUAGAAGACGUCCCUUGCUUACGGGAUCCGCAGUAUAUGGCCACUGAGCGGGAGUAUCACGAAUUGAAAAUUAAGCGACUCAAUGAGUCUAUACGAUCUUAUAAUCUUCAGGCUCCCCAGGUCUCUCAAAGACCAUACCUCAACCUUCAGCGGGAGCUGGAUUCUUGCUACGCUGAUAUUGCCAUCAACCUUCCUGAGGAGAUAAGGGAGCGGGCAAAUAGAGGGUCGACAAACCCAGGGUCUUUUAGUGGCCAUCAAACGAGACUGGGAGGCUUUUCUUCAUCGUCUGGCUCUACCCAUGAAGCUCGGAUAUACGACGAGGACAGUUCAAAGGGCUACGGGUUCAAGCAAAUGUGGCGAGACCUGUGGAACUAA